UUUAUCAAUAUACGAAUGUAUCUAACAGUCCGUGGAAAAUGGCGCGCUUUUAGAUACAACUAUACAGAAACGCAUAAGCAGGCCAAUGAAAGAUCGGAUGGUGGUAUGGGAUUUUACCUACCGACGAAACACUCAUCCUCAGAACGAUUUAACACACGGAUUCGAUCAUUUGGUUUUAUUAAUAUCUGGAAUAAAUCUGCAAUUAUGACUGACAGGAAAGCCGUCAUCAAGAAUGCUGAUAUGUCAGAGGAAAUGCAGCAGGAUGCCAUAGACUGCGCGUCACAAGCUCUCGAGAAAUACAACAUUGAAAAGGAUAUUGCCGCCUUCGUCAAGAAGGAAUUCGACAAAAAGUACAACCCCACAUGGCACGCAAUUGUUGGCCGCAACUUUGGCAGCUAUGUGACCCAUGAAACGAAACAUUUUAUUUACUUUUAUCUUGGACAAGUUGCAAUUUUGUUAUUUAAAUCCGGAUAAACUUAACAUGCAUCAUGAUUCACUUGCCAAUUCAGUCCAUUUGUGAUUAAUGAAUCUACAAAGAAGUAAACUAUUCGUAUAGCGUAUCAAGCUUAUAACGUGUAACGUUUUAGCCUUGUCCAAAAGGAUUUAAGAGUGAUGUGUAACCAAGUAAUGCAAAGCUGUUGUAAACCAGUCGUUGUUGGGCGUUAAUUUUGUAUCUAAUGAGCAAUCAUAGAAUGGUCAGUUAUCGUUUAAUUUCAUAUUUGUACAUACUAUUAUUUUAUAAGAUGUAUUGUUACUUUUAUAAAACUUAAAACUUUAA